AGUUAAGUGGGCGACGCAGGGAAUGGAACGGGUCUCCGCAUUCAGUUUCCAGCCCGCACCGACCCCACCUCCAACCACGUGCACGGCGCAGGAGAUGUCAGACUAGCCAUGCAUCACAACACCUCGGAGAACAGCACAGCGCCGGAAGUUCCAGAGCCGAUGGAGGAGUUACUCAUUGCCUCAGCGUUUGGUACCAUCUUAUCCUUUAUGUGUGUGGCCGGGGUGACGGGCAAUGUCUACACCCUGGUGGUGAUGUGCCAGUCCAUGAGAUCUGCUGCCUCCAUGUACGUCUCCAUAGUCAACCUGGCCCUAGCCGACCUUCUCUACCUCUCCACCAUCCCUUUCAUCGUUUGCACUUAUUUCGCCAAGAACUGGUACUUUGGUGACAUGGGCUGUCGGAUCUUACUCAGUCUCGACUUCCUGACCAUGCACGCCAGCAUCUUCACUCUGACUGUGAUGUGCACCGAACGUUACCUGGCCGUGGCCAAACCGCUGGACACGGUCAGGAGAUCCAAGGGUUACAGGAAGGCCAUCGCCGGGCUGGUGUGGUUGGUGAGCCUGCUCUUGGCCCUCCCUGUGAUGAGCAUGUUUAAGCUGCAUGAAAGCCGGAGCGAGAACGGGACAAUCAAGCGGACGUGCAUCACAACUUGGAGUCUGGAAUCUUAUUCCACUUAUCUGACUGUACUAUUUAUCACCAGUAUCGUGGCGCCAGGAAUGAUUAUCGGCUAUCUGUACACCCAGUUAGCGAGGAUCUAUAUGGAAUCCCAGAAGAACACGUUGACGAAGAGCGAGAACAGGCAAACGUCCACGCAGAGAGUGGUCUUCAUGACCUUCACCAUCGUCCUGGUCUUUUGGGCGUGUUUCUUGCCGUUCUGGGUCUGGCAACUCAUCCGCCUCUAUUCCAGCAGCCUGAGCAUGUCACGGCAGACACUAACCUGCGUCAACUAUUUCAUGACCUGCCUGACCUACAGCAACAGUUGCAUUAACCCUUUCCUUUACACGCUGCUAACCAAGAACUACAAAGAGUACUUGAAAAACAGGCACAGGCAUUUCCAGCGAUCGGGAUCCGCGUCGUUUAGAAGAAAUACCAGUCUGCGGCGAUCGAUAAAAUCCAUCUCCUCGUGUAACCACAACAGCAGCUCCUCCGAGGCAAUGGGUAUGUCUCAGUUGAAAGGGUCGAAAUGA